GCCGGCGGAGCGCGGCGGCAGCGCGGUCCGUCCCGUCCCGUCCCGUCCGGUCCCGCCAUGGGGGGGGCCCAGAGCCAGAAGCCGCGGGAGGAGGCCGGGACCCCCCAGCGCCGCUCGGACUCCGAAGGUAAUUUUGAGACCCCCGAAGCAGAAACGCCGACCUGCUCGCCACUAAAGGAGCUCUGCGAGCCGCCGCCGGGAUCGCCCGAGCCCGAGGCCAGGACCCAAGAGCCGAGUGGCCAUGAAGACCUGCUGGUAGGGGAAGCCCUCGGGGACAGCUCGCCUGGGAAGGCCCCCAAAAAUGAGGCUCAGACGGAGACCAGAGCCCCAAAAGCCAACUCAGAUGCUAAAGGGGAAACCGACCCCGAAGACCAGUCCCUGACACCACCACCAGCUGAACCCCAGCCUCCAGCCGUGCUGGGCAGUGGGGCUGACACUGGCUGGGCCACUGUGCCCGCUGUGGAGCCGGCCCCGGUGCCACAUGCCAGCAGAGCCCCCCCGGAGCACCUCAUGUCGGGGGAGGACACGGCGGAGGCUGGCACGGGGCUGGUGGCCCAGGAGUGCUCGCCCAGCCGGGGCCAGCUCGGGAAGGAGAAACCCCCUUCUCUGGGGAGGAAGGCAGGAGAAACCACAGAGGAGACACCGGUGCCCCGAGCAUCCUACCAGUUCAACCCCGAGCAGUACGACGAGAACAUAAACCCCUUCGUGGCUGGGGGCUGCCGGCUGCAGAGCUCCCCUCCGGCGACCCCGCGCCGCCUCCCCCAGCCCAGCAUCAACCCCGGGGAGCUGGGGGGGGACCCGGCCCCAGAGCCCAUGGGGCAGGUCUCAAAACCCGAGGUCGAUUGUACGGAGGGGAGGGAGAGCCCGGAGUCCAGGAGGGCUGCGGCCAGGAAGGGCAGCAGGAUCCCGGCCAGCAAGCUGACGCCCAAGAGGCACCGAGAGUCCCCCAAGAAACCAGCUGAGGAGGCAGAGAGGGGUCCCACGGAGCCGCCCCCUCCCCGGGGCUCCCCCCGGCUGGGUCCCCCGCGCUGGGACAGCCCGGCUCUCAACCCGCAGAGCUCCCCGACGCUCCCCAGGGGCUCUUACCAGUUCGACCCCGAUAACUUUGACUCCGUGGAUCCCUUCAAGCCCACCAAGACCCUGGCCAGCAGCACCCCCGACUCCUGCCCCGCUGCCGAGAACAGCCUCAACGAGAUCCUGGAGUCGCAGACGCUGGAGCUGCCGGACGAUCUCGCCCAAGGCAGAGACCCCCCGCAGAAGCCCCAGUCGCGGCUGAUAACGACUACUGAGCAAGUGAGAUUUCUCUGUUUUCUGUUGAGCGGCUGCAAGGUGAAGCACUACGAGGCGCAGCCCCUGGGCCUGGAUGAUUCCCCUCAGGAUGAGGGAGCGUUGAUCUCAGAAAUCCCAGAUAUUGCAAAUCGGGAUGGACGUGCCACUGAUGAGGAGAAGCUGGCCUCCACCACCGCUGCGCAGAAACCGGCCGGGCUGGAGAAGAAGGGCGAGCCGGAAGAUGAGCUGGAAUACUUCGAGUGCUCCAACGUCCCCGUGCCAGCGGCGAAGCAGGGCACGGAGGCAGGCUUUGAAAAGGAGUUCUCCAAGCAGAUGGAAAAGGAUGGACCUGGCACCUUCCCUGGCAACCCCAUGGACAAGCCCCCCACGGCUGUCAGCGGCGUGAGCAGGAGCGAGAGCCCCCUGGACGGCAUCUGCCUCAGUGAAUCGGAGAAGACGGCCGUGCUCACCCUCAUCAGGGAGGAGAUAAUCACAAAGGAGAUCGAAGCCAAUGCGUGGAAGAAGAAAUAUGAAGAGAGCCGCCAGGAGGUCCUGGAGAUGAGGAAAAUCGUGGCUGAGUACGAGAAGACCAUUGCCCAGAUGAUAGAGGAUGAGCAGAGGACAAACAUGACAUCUCAGAAGAACCUGCAGCAGCUCACGAUGGAAAAGGACCAGGCUCUGGCAGACCUAAACUCGGUGGAGAGGUCCUUGUCGGAUCUCUUCAGGAGAUAUGAGAACCUGAAGGGCGUCCUAGAAGGCUUUAAGAAGAAUGAAGAAGCUCUGAAGAAGUGCGCUCAAGAUUAUUUAAACCGGGUCAAGCAGGAAGAGCAGCGGUAUCAGGCCCUGAAAGUCCACGCAGAAGAAAAAUUAGACAAAGCCAACGAGGAGAUCGCCCAGGUGCGCACCAAGGCCAAAGCGGAGAGCGCGGCGCUGCACGCCGGGCUGCGCAAGGAGCAGAUGAAGGUGGAGUCCCUGGAGAGAGCCCUCCAGCAGAAGAACCAGGAGAUUGAGGAGCUGACCAAGAUCUGUGACGAGCUGAUAGCCAAGCUGGGCAAGACGGACUGAGCCUCCCCGCCCCCCCCAGCGCUCUCCGCACCCGGCCGCUUCUCUCCCGACGUCGAGCACCUUGUCCUACCCCCAGGAGCCCCCUGGCAGAGAAGGACACACGUCCAGAUGCCUGCUCCGAUCAGCUGCCAGUCCCCACGCUGUCCCCAAGGAGAGCCGGUCCCCACACUGUCCCUGUCUCUGUCCCCCAAGGGCUCUGGGGCCAGGCUGGGCAUGCGUGUCCUUCCUGGUGGCCACCACACUCUCUGCCUGCACAGAUGCCACCUCUCAGCUGGGAGGUGACACCCUGGGCUCUGUCCCCCUCGGCCGGGCUGGUUUGGGUCUAGUUGUGUCCCUUUGUCUAGUUGUGACACGCUCUGUCACUUGCUGUCCUCACCUGCUCCUUUGCACAGGUCCUGCCCCGGGACGUGGGUGAUGCCAGGGCUGGAGCUGAUGGCUCUGGCACUGGGGAAGGGGACCUGGGACAUGGGUGCCCAGUAAAGGGGCUGGGAGACCUCAGGCACCCGCCACAGAUGGUUUGGGGCCACCAGCCUGGAUCCCCUGGCUCAAGCAGCCUCCCAGUAGGUCGGUGGGUUUUGGGGCUGGUCCCAGGCUUUGGUACACGGGUGAAACACAGCACGGUGUGUCCUCAUCCCUGGCCGUGCCAGUCUUGGACGAAGGGAGCCCACGUCUCUGCAUUUGAGCACUUUAUUGGCAUUUCUGAGCACUCGGGCUCUCUGCUCACUUCUUCUGCCACUUCACCAGUAGUCACAUCAGUCCCCUCAAAGGAGAGCCUGGCGAGGGCAGUGCAGGGCUUGAGAUGUUUGAGAACCAGGGGAGAUGUUGGUCCUGGAGAGCUGGGGCUUGUCCCUCUGUCUUCCCCGUUCACCUCCCAAGGCUUGUUCACCUGGGGUUUCCAGCCGGCUUUAAAGUGCACAAAUCUGGCCUUUUGCUGCUGUUCCCCCGUGCCAAGGUGGGGUCAGGUCCCUGCUGUGGGUGCUGCAGAAGGAAGGAAGCAAACCCGGAGCUGCUUCAGGAUCCUGCUGGCUGACAGCCCUUCUCCCCGGGCAGCGCAGAGGGGCACGGGGGCUUGGCUGCUCUCAGAAAUGCCCUGACAGCACCGAAUAUGAAGAGAACCAAACAAAAGGCAGCCCUCACAGGCAAAGGCAGAUCCAGGCAGCAGUAACACGCGCUGUGAGAUCUGUCUGGAUGCAGCCCAAGGUCUGACGUUGGGCGCAGGCUGCCUGCUCGGCUCCGGAGGUAUUUGCUUUUUUGAAUUGCUGAGGUUGCGUUUGUGCUGUGCUGGGAAGCAGGGGGGGGGCUCAGGGGGUGUGUGAUGUGUUUAAAUCCCCUAUAGAUCCCGUGUGUGCCCCCCUGGUAAUGCCACAGUGUGAGCCAGCCUUGCUGGGGGGGUUGCUGUGCGCGGUGCCGUGUUUUCCUGGCAGCGGGUGCCGGGGUGGAGGAUUCACUGCUAUUACCUUGGACAGGGAGUUGUAAAGCACCGGGGAAGGGAAACACUCGCUGUUUGGGCUGUUUCCUACCCAGCCUCGCUAAGACUUUCGAAAACCUUUUUGCUGCUACCUUUUUGUAAAAGAAUCGAGCUGUUUUCCUUCUAUUUUCUAAUUCCCUGUGUUGAGCGUGCAGUGCAAACAUCUGUUUAAACCAGAGCCAUACACUUGAUAUAUAUUUUAUUAGUUAUAUUAUGUAUAGAGAGGAUUUAUUAUACGCUUGAGCAGACAGAGAUGCCAGCAGCCUGCCCUAGCCAGAGCCCUGGUCUGUUCACCGCGCUCCCAGUUAUCCCAGUGGCCGGACUGGUCGCUGUGCCGGGGGGAAGCCGAUGGCUGGUGCCGCUCGGAGCCGUGUGCCCGUGGCUCUGUGCUGGAGAUUCACCCCUCUGCACAGCUGACAGAAGGAAAACCCUUUUUUUCCUCUUUUUUUUUUUUUUACAUCCUCUUUCUUUGUCCUCCCCUCCUGUCCCUCGAAUGGGCCGGUUGAGGGUGGAAAAGCCUCUGUCAGACCAUCUACAAGGACUGUUUCUCUUUGGGGAGUCCAAGUGCCAGCCCCAGACUCUGCCACAUUUCACCAGCCUUUGGGUUUUGUGCUGCCCUCCUCUUUCCUCCUCUCUCUUUCCUCCUCUCUCUUUCCUCCUCUCUCUUUCCUCCUCUCUCUUUCCUCCUCUCUCUUUCCUCCUCUCUCUUUCCUCCUCUCUCUUUCCUCCUCUCUCUUUCCUCCUCUCUCUUUCCUCCUCCUGUGCAUCCUGCUCCAGAGCAGCUUCCCUGCCUGGCUGAGGGACCCUUCCCAUGGCUGUUGGCAGGGAGUGACCCCCAGAAGGUGCUGCCCCUUUGGACCUUCUGAGGGUCCGUGCAGUUAAACCAAACCCUUGAGAACCAGGGAUUUGGGAGGGAGCUGGGUUUCUCUCUUUGCUGACUGUUCAGGAGCGGGAGGGGGCAGGUCCCCAGGGCAGGGCUGCGCAGCCUCUUGGACCUGGGAAAAGUUGAUUUAUGUUUUUUUUUACCUUCCCACUUUGCCCCAAGGGAUGAAAUGGGGUUCCUGUGGCCAGGGGGGGUGACAAGCCCAGCCCGGGGCAGGUUUGCUAUUCCAGGGCCAGCUCUGAGGAGCCCAGUGGCCGGCUCGGGGCAGGGGGCUGGCUGGGAGCCCCCCCUGAGUGUGUCUGAGGCCGGUGGGUCCUGGGGGUGUUUUUCUGACCCCAGAGGUGGCAAAUAAUUGCAGAAGUUUGGAUUUCAGCGCUCCCAGCCUGCGUUCAGCACAGCCAUGGCUGCAGCCUCCCCCCUGCCCCGGCAAAGGCCAGGCUGGGGAGAGUGGCUCCGUGGCUAUAACCCGUGCUGGCAGUGUCCCCCCGUGUCCCCCCCCGUGUCCCCACUGUCCCCCGGUCCCACUCUGCUGCCCCUCGCACCCCGGCACGGUCACCUCCCCGUGCCUGUCAGCGUGCACCUCCCGUCCGGGCAAAGAAGAUUCCUAAGGAAUGAUUUAUUAACUAUAAUAUGGUUAUAGUUACAUAUAUAUAUAUUAAAAAAAAAAAAAGUAUAUAUAUAAUGGUUAUAGUUA